GAAAAAAAUAAAAAAAAAGAGAGAAGAGGAGCUGAAAAAGAGAAGGAGACAAAGGAAGAAAAGCAUCAAAUGUUCAGUGUGAGAUGAAGAAGCAGAGCUACCAAUACUUGGAUCUGCAACUAGAUUUCCUUCUAUUCUUCUUCCUGUUGUUUGUUUCGUCUUCUUCUGCUUCUUUAGCGAAAGAAGGUGAAGAUGUCUUCUUUUCUAACAAUGGCGGACUUACGGACUCCGAAGCCAUGUACAUCAGGCAACGGCAACUCUUGUACUAUAGAGACGAGUUUGGUGAUAGAGGAGAGAAUGUCACGGUCGAUCCUUCGCUUGUCUUCGAGAACCCUAGGCUUAAGAACGCCUACAUUGCCUUGCAAGCAUGGAAGGAAGCUAUUCUCUCCGAUCCUCUCAAUCUGACUGCUAACUGGGUCGGAUCUAAUGUCUGCAACUACACUGGAGUCUACUGUUCAAAAGCUCUCGAUAAUCGACGGAUCCGAACCGUCGCCGGCAUUGAUCUCAACCAUGGCGACAUUGCUGGUUACCUUCCGGAGGAGCUAGGGUUGCUCACAGAUCUCGCGUUAUUCCAUAUCAACUCCAAUCGCUUCUGUGGCACUGUGCCUCACAAGUUCGUCAAGCUUAAGCUUCUGUAUGAGCUGGAUCUCAGUAACAAUCGCUUUGCUGGCAAGUUCCCUCAGGUUGUUCUCAAAUUGCCCACGCUCAAAUAUCUCGAUCUGAGAUUCAAUGAGUUUGAAGGCACUGUCCCCAAAGAGCUCUUCGACAAGGAUCUUGACGCCAUUUUUAUUAAUGACAAUCGGUUUCACUUCGAUCUGCCGGACAAUUUUGGCAACUCUCCGGUUUCUGUGAUUGUUCUUGCAAAUAACAAGUUUCAUGGAUGUGUCCCUUCGAGCUUGGGCAACAUGACGAACUUGAAUGAAAUUAUCAUGUUGAACAACGGCUUCCGAUCGUGUUUGCCUUCGGAGAUCGGAUUUUUGACGAAUUUGACUGUGUUCGAUGUGAGCUUCAAUAAGCUAAUGGGACCAUUGCCUGAUAGCAUUGGGAACAUGGUGAGCUUGGAGCAGCUGGAUGUGGCUCACAACAUGUUCUCGGGUACGAUUCCUGGGAGUAUCUGUUCGCUUCCGAAUCUGCAGAACUUCACCUACUCUUACAACUUCUUCACGGGCGAACCUCCAUCGUGCCUGAGACUUCCUGAAUAUGACGAUCAAAAGAAUUGCUUGCCAGCGAGGCCAAACCAGAGGUCAGCCGCGCAAUGUAAGUUGUUCUUGUCUCGUCCUGUGCAUUGUAGUGCUUUCAGAUGUGCUCCUUUUGUUCCUUCUUUGCCAUCUCCGCCUCCACCCUCACCUCCCAUUCCUGUGCCAUCUCCGCCGGUUAAGUCACCUCCAUCGCCGGUUUUCUCACCUCCUCCGCCAGUAUUUACCCCUCCAUCUCCGUCUCCACCACCUCCGCCUCCACCACCUUUGAGCUCGCCUCCCCCACCGCCGCCGCCUGUUUUCUCACCACCACCACCAGUCUACUCUCCUCCACCCCCGCCACCUUCUCCGCCACCACCUGUUUACUCUCCACGUCCUCCACCACCUUCCCCACCUCCACCUUCGCCACCACCUCCUCCGCCAUCGCCACCACCACCAUCCCCUACACCACCUCCUCCGUCUCCGCCACCACCAUCUCCACCGCCGCCUUGUGUUCGGCCUCCACCACCUCUACCUCCUAAUUCACUUCCUCCUCCGCCACAUUCACCGCCCCCUCCCCAUUCACCACCACCUCCGCCACCGUCACCGCCUCCUCCCCCUUCACCACCACCUCCGCCACCUUCACCCCCUCCUCCCCCUUCACCACCACCUCCGCCACCUUCACCGCCUCCUCCCCAUUCACCACCGCCUCCGCCGCCUUCACCGCCUCCUCCCCAUUCACCACCACCUCCGCCACCUUCGCCACCUCCUCCUCCUUCACCAUCACCACCUCCACCUUCGCCACCUCCUCCUCCUUCACCAUCACCACCUCCACAUUCGCCACCUCCUCCCCCUUCACCUCCUCCACCACAUUCGCCACCUCCUCCCCAUUACUAUUCCCCACCUCCACCACCCAAUUCACCUCCACCACCACCUCCAUGCAUAGAACCACCACCUCCUCCAUGUAUAGAGCCCCCACCCCCACCCCCAUGCAUAGAACCGCCCCCACCACCACCACCCUCACCGUCUCCAAUUCACUACUUGCCACCUCCAUCUCCAUCACCACCACCACCUACGCCACCAAUUCACCAUGCUUCCCCGCCUCCUCCUGUUCCUUGUGAAAACUCUCCAUCGCCAUCUCCUGCACCGGAAUAUGAGGGCCCGAUGCCACCAAUUAAUGGAGUUUCAUACGCAUCUCCACCACCACCUCCCUACUAUUGAUUCUUUUGAGAUUUUCUUCUUACAUUCCCUCCUUGAAAGAAAGAAAAGAAAAACAAUGUUUCAGUCUUCUUGGCUGUUGUUAGAUUCUUCUUCCUCUUCUUUUACUUCUUCUCUGUCUACACUUGCUAUUGCUGGUUGGGCGAGCCUAGUCGCCGGAGGAAGAAUGCAGAAUAUAAUUCCUGCAAUCAGAUGGGUUCGAGCAAUAUAUGUUAUGUUUAAUAUUGGAGGAAUUACAUUUGUGGAGGAAGAAGAGAACAGAGGAGAUAGACAAGGGGGACAGAAGGAGAAAGUCUCUCCAUAUUUGUUUUAAUUGUUAUGGAUAUUUGAGUUGUGAAUAAAUUGGUAGAAAGAGAAUUAGAUUUCAGCGAAAUAUAUGUAUAGGGUUGAGAUUCAUGAAAAAUGUUAGGCAGGAUCUGAAAGGCAGUGGCACUUCUGUUCUUCCUCCUGCUGCUGCUGCUGCUGCUUUGUGGGUUUUUUCAUUAUUGUCCUUUUUUUUUGGGUUCUUCUUUAUCAUACUUCAUUUCUUUUAAUUUUCCAAUUUAUAGUAUCAUGAAUAUUAUCAGUUACUGAUAUUCAUUUUCA